AUGAAUCAUUCACCUUGCUCAGUAGUAAUACAGGCACUUUUCUUGCAGGUGAAAAACCUUACACCUGUCAAGUGUGUGGUAAAGCCUUCAGUGAUACCUAACCUACAUAAACAUCGGAGAUGUCAUCGGGAUGAUGAAACUUGGCUUUUAUCUGAUCCAGCAACCAUUGAAACAUCUGAAGGAGACCAUCGAAUCAUUUAUAUUCUUUCUGAGAAGGAUGAGCCAGAUGCAGCAACACUUACAGCUUUACAGGCUGUGGAUACUGAAAUUACGGAGAAUUCCCACUUGGAGAAUAUCACAGAUGGAGCAACGCAAAUGAUUCAGUUAAAUUCUGAUAACCAGACACUGCAGGGCUUCACUCUGGCUUCAUACAACCAACCAUCCUCUGCCACAACUGUAAUGCUGCAGGAAGGGACUAACCAAGAAACAGAUAGGCAGAUUCAGAUUUUUACAAACGAAGAGGGACAAUCAGUUAUUCCAGUCAUCAAUUCUUCUGGAGAAACAAUUGCUGAAGUUCAAGGACACUUCCUGGCAGAUUCGGAGAAUGCUCCAAGUGUAAGUUCCCUUGGAAACAGCAGUACCCUUGAAAUUACUCUCAAAGAUGGACAGCCACUUAGCCUUGUCAUUCCUGAGGGAGAAGAUCCAACUAUGUAUGUUCAGAGAGCACUGGAGUCAGCAGUGAUGUCUCAACACCAGCCAGCCACACAACAGCAGCAGCAACACCAACACCAACAGCAACAAGCAGUUCAUUCACAGCCAGAAUGAUUUUUUUUAAUUUUUAAAAGGAAAAAUAUAUUUCAAAUUUUUAUUAAUAGCAAAUAUAAUUUUCUAUACAAAAUAUUCAUUUAUGUAUAUUUUGCUUCAGAUGCCAAGCUUAUAAAUGGCAGAUUGUCUUUCACUUUACAACAAAUGCAUUUUGUGCUGAACUUUAUGAGUAAUUCUCUUAAGAGAUAUAUUUGACCAAUGAAAUGUAAUGUUUGUAUCUUAGUGACAUGUAUUAGUAAUGUAAUUUACUAAAGAAUAAAUGUUUAAGAUAUUUAUGAAUUAUAGUAAAAUGA